AUGCGUUUGAAGAAAUGGUUCCAGUAUUUUACUGACAAAGAAAAGACAACACUCACAACAGACUUAACGACAGUAAUAUUGAGUCGUAAACGUUCAAUGUGUAAUGUUUUGGAAUAUGGUGAACAUAAG